UUGCAUAGCAAUGUGAAAAUCCCAGGGUAAAUUUCUGACCAAACUAUUCUUUUCGCUAGUAUAUAUAAUAUACAUAUUAUAGAGUUUAUCCUUAGCUCAAGUUAUUCCUCCUGAACAAAGUAGUUUCCAAUGGAAAUUGCUAGUAUUUCCAAGCCUAUUAAAUGGUUCUCCAACAAGAGUUUAAGGUUAAGCUUUCCUCGACUUCGCUCGAAAUCCAAAUCCUCAAGCUCCUUGCCAUCACCAACUGUAAUUCGUCCACCAACACCUAAUAUCAGUACGAAAGAAGAAGAUCUUCAAGUUGUCUUUCGUCGUUUUGAUAGUGACGGAGAUGGUAAGAUUUCGAGCGAGGAACUCAGUGCUUACUUCGCCUCCAUAGGCGACUACGUAUCAAGACAGGAAGCUCAAAGGGUCAUCAAAGAUUUCGACAACAAUGGCGACAACCGGUUGGAAUUCAAUGACUUCGUCAAGUUGAUGGAAGGAGGCAAUGAGGGUGACGAUGAUAUUAAAAGAGCGUUCGAGAUGUACGAGGUUGACAAAGGCUGUGGGUGCAUCACGCCGGUAGGUUUGCAGCAGAUGCUUAACCGUCUAGGGGAUGUGAAAUCGUAUGAAGAGUGCGUUGCCAUGAUUCGAGUGUUUGAUCUUGAUGGCAAUGGAGUGCUUGACUUCCAUGAAUUUCAACAAAUGAUGAGAGGUGAACCAUAGAAAAAAGUAGUGUAAGUAGAGUCUAUUCAUAUAUGUGUUCUACCAGGCACUAGCAGCUGAACGUCCCUACGUUUUUCCAUUGAAAUUAUGUAUGGAGAAAUCUUGUUAAUUUACUUUCCAUGUUUGUUUCUUUGUGGGUAGUGGGUUCAUCAGUGUUUUAAGUGCUUUUUAAGCCUUUUGGCAGUAAUACCAUGGUCAAGGCUUUCUCUGUAUUGUCACUAGUAUCAAAUUCAAUCAAUAAAAAAGUGUGAAUGAUAAAACAAA